AUGACGGCGGCGAGUAAUGGCGGCGAGCCUGUGCCAUCUCCGCCGUAUGCCUUUCAUGGCGCAUCGUAUCGGGCACCGGCGGCCAUUGCCCACUUUGACGACACCGUCCCGGUUACCACUCUCCCGCCCAUGUUCUCCGACAAUCCCUCGGCUGCCGUCCCUGUCCGCGAUCCCACGGUUGCGCUCAACUAUCAGCACUCGUCCAGCGGCUCUGCGCCAUCGCUCGUCUCGGCUGCGCUCCGCGCUCCGCAGACCCAUCAUCUGGCACAUCCUCUGGCCACUCCGCCGCUGCCCGGCCACCCCGUGAAGCCUGCGACGAGCGGGCGGAAGCGCGCACGCGACGCGAGCAAUGGACCGGCCGGCGGCAAGUCGGCCUCUGACGCGCCCGCCGUUCCGGUUGCGAAGAAGCAGCGCCGCGCUGCCAAAAACCGCAUCGCGUCCAAGAACUACCGCCAGCGUCGUCGUGAGUAUGUGCAGCGGAUCGAGCAGCAGCUGGAGGAGUUGCGCGCCGAGAAUGAGCGACUCAAGGCGGCGGCGGGCUCGGGCAGCGCGGCUGUCGACGUUGUGCUGCUGCAGGAGGAGAACGAGGCGCUCAAGAGCCAGAUUGAGGCACUGCAGGCCCACGCCAACGACGUCUCGGACAGCGGGACACCCGGUGACGAGCCGUCGCCGUCGACACUCUCGGUUGAGGACCAGCAAGUCCGACUGGUGGAGCUACUCCACCGCAACAUUGUCAACGGCGACGAUGAGGCUGUUGUUGCCGCCAACCUCAAGAAGCUCCGGGCGCUCCGGGCACCGCGCAAGAUCUCACAGGCCGAUGUCCUCCGCCAGAUCGAGGCCGAGGCCCUUGCUGGCUCGCCGGCAAAGGACGAGUACUCAGCCAUCACCCAGGCGAUAGGCGAGCUGUCCAAGGGCGGAAGCGAGGCAGCGGGAGCAUCACCGCCGUCGCUGUCGCCCAACCCUUCGCCGUCACCCGAGCCCACCUCGCCCGUCGCUCAGGCGCGCAAGUUCUCGACCGCCAACUACCUCGCACUCUCGCCGGCGCAGCAGGCCGUCAUUGACCAGCUUCGCUCCGAGCACGAGGAGACCAUGACGGCCAUCAUCCGCCAGCGGCAUGACACCACCGCCAAGGUCAAGGCGUUGCUCCACUCCAACUUUGGCCUCUACACCUCGCUCAAAGCACAGGGCAUCGACUUUAACGACGCUGUCAAGGACAUUCCCGACAUUGCCGACAUUGCAAACGCACUCAACGAGCUCAAGGCCAGCAUUCAGGCCGAAGCCGAUGCCACCGAGUCGCUCAUGUCGCGAUUCCUCAGCCAGCUCACUCCGCGCCAAGAGGCCGUCUGGGAGCUGCGCGUCUGCCAGUUCUCCCACUGCCGCUCGCGGGUCAUUCAGGCCUUCUGGUCCGUCGCCGAGCGGGCAUCGCUCGACAUCGAGGUGUACAAGUGCGAGUGA